AUGGGCCGCGGGAGGACGGAGAUGAAGAGGAUCCACAACGACGUGUCGCGCCGGGCCACCUUCGGCAAGCGCCGCCGCGGCCUGCUGAAGAAGGCGCGUGAGCUCGCCGUGCUCUGCGGCGUCGAUCUCGGCCUCCUCGUCUUCGACGAUGACGGCGCCGGCAAGCUGUUCGACUACUGCAGCCCCAACACAAGCUGGAGCGAGCUAAUCGAGCGCUACGAGAGCAUCACCAACCACAAGUUCCAGUUCCAGGGGAUAAAUCAUGUUGAUGAUCAGCAGCAACCGUUGGCGGAUAUCAUCGCAGGGCUGAGGCGUGAGCAUGACCGUCUGGAGGUCAGCGUGAGGAGGCAGACCGGAGAAGACCUGCCAUCCGCCGCGACGGCGGCGGAACUCGAUGAUCUGGAGCAGCGACUGGAGCGCGUGCUGGGUGAAGUUCGUGAAAUGAAGGACAAGCCGCUGGAGCAACAGUUGGACGAAUCAUACCACAAGGUGCACACCUUGGAGGACCAGAACAGCUUCCUUCGCCGCCUGAUGGGCGAGGAGGGGCAGCAGCGUGCUGCUGUGGAGGCGUCAGCUGUGGCGCCGAAGCUACCGGCGACGGCGUUCGGGGGAUCCUUCCCGGAGGUGGAGGAGGAGGAAUUGACAGCGCUACGGCUGUGGCCGCGGCAGCUCCCCGACGUGUAA